GAAAAGACAAAUUAAACGAACUUGUAGACCAUGAUUAAAAGAUGUCCCUGUAAGCAUUGAGUGAACUUGCUGGCAGUGUGACCAUGGGUAGGAACUCGAUUUCUUAACCCGGUAGCGCUCAUCGGAGCGGUGUGCGUAGUUACACAGCAACAUGGCGUUGCACUGUGGUAAAACAUUCUGUCAAUAUUUGCUACAUUUAGCACAUGAUAACGUCGAUUUCAGAUUACCGGUAUGGCGUGUAUCGUUUCUUAAUACGGAGAUAAAGUCAUUACUGUCCCUUAGGGGUCGAAAGUGUGAUCCCCCAGAGAACUUCAAAGAGAGGUCUCCGUUUUGGCGACUAAAUGGUCUUUCAGAGGAUGAUGUCCACAGUGUAAUGUCACGAACAGUUUGCGCCAAGUCCGCAUUUGAGCUUUGGGGUCAUGGGAAAACAGCCGCAGAGCUCAAGUCAUCACUAUUGGAGUAUCCAAAAGAGCGCAUGACCCCCUUUCUACAACAAGAAUCUACCUACAAGAUUAAUGUCUACACGUUCAAUAAAACAUUGUUGUUUAAGGACAGAAUAGAAAAAAUAAAUGCCUUGGACUUCCUGCCCUUUCAAGGGAAAGUCAAUUUGAAGCAUCCUGAUCACAUUUUCUGCUUACUAGAAGACUAUGGCCUGGAUCCUAAUGACAUUCCAGAGGAACCAUUUUAUAUAUAUUUUGGAAGAUGGAUUGCAGAUGGGCAAAGGGAACUGAUCCGCUCCCACAGUGUGAAGAAGAGACACUUCAUUGGGAACACGAGCAUGGAUGCGGGCCUUUCUUUCAUAAUGGCCAACCAUGCCAAAGUAAAGCCUCAUGAUCUGGUUUAUGAUCCUUUUGUUGGAACAGGUAGCCUUUUGGUUGCAUGUUCACACUUUGGGGCUUACGUGUGUGGAACAGAUAUUGACUAUAACACCAUCCAUGGAGUAGGUAGAGCUAGCAGGAAGAAUCAAAAGUGGCGCGGUCCAGAUGAGAAUAUCAGAGCAAAUCUCCGGCAGUAUGGGACAGAGGUCUUCUAUGUGGAUGUCAUGGUGUCUGAUGCCUCUAAGCCUGUAUGGAGGAAAGGGACACUGUUUGAUGCCAUCAUCACAGACCCUCCUUAUGGCAUCCGUGAGUCAACAAGGAGAACAGGUUCGCACAAAGAGAUUACAAAUCCUCCUGAGAACUUGUUUGGCGAGAGCCAUGUCCCUGUGUCCAUGGUUUACCAUCUCAGUGAUGUCUUUGCUGACCUCUUAAAUUUUGCUGCUUAUCACCUGGUCCUAGGUGGACGGCUAGUCUACUGGCUUCCAGUUUACAGGCCAGAGUACUGUGAAGAGAUGGUGCCGCUACACCCCUGCCUCCGCCUCGUCAGCAACUGUGAACAGACUCUGUCUAGCCACACAUCCCGAAGGCUCAUCACUAUGGAGAAGACUAAGGAUCCAGAGGAGUCAGAUGCACUACAACAAUUAGCAAACCCACGCUUCACCCCAAACCAGGGCCACAAUUCCUUCAGAGAGAAAUACUUCAGUGGCAUCACAAAAAAAAGCACUGCAAAAGCAAUGACAGAACCACCUCAAACAAAGAAGAGUGACUGAAGAAAUUAAGAUUUUAAAUGUUUUAAUUUAUACUAUGCCAUUUUCUGCUUCAUUUUGGCAAUGAAUACCCUUUGUAAUUUCAUUUGGACUUUUUUUUUACUUUUUAUUUUCUUUUUUUUUUUUACCAACUUCAGAAUGUGAUUUGAAUAAAAAGUUCAUGCUCCUUGUCUUAA